AUGCGUUUCCUACGGCAGUUACUCUGCGGGUCUGCUGCAACACUUUGGGCUCUGGGCGCUACCCCUGUUCUGUCGUUAUCUUUGGAUGAGGACAAUGAUGGCGCUGUGCUUCUACAAGCUCGAGUCAAUCAGCCAGAUAUUAGAGCCCAAGUUAGGGAUGCAUAUGUUGCCCUGCGAAACGAUGACGAAUAUGCCUUCCUAGCCAAGAGAGGCACCAAAUCAAUUGUCAAAUCAAAUACCGCCCCAAAAUCCAAGGCAGCUGCGAAGCCUAAGACCGCCGGCAAGCCCAAAGCACCUGUUAAGUCUAAGGCAAAGCCUAAGACCGCUGGCAAGCCCAAGGUAGCUGGCAAACCUAAGACUGUUAGCAAGCCCAAGGCAGCUGCGAAGCCCAAGACCGCUGGCAAACCCAAGGGAGCUGGAAAACCCAAAGCAGCUGGCAAGCCCAAAGCAGCUGUGAAGCCUAAGACCGCUGGUAAACCUAAGGGAGCUGGAAAACCCAAAACAGCUGGCAAGCCGCCUAAGGCACCUGGCAAAACAAAGGCACCUGGCAAACCGAAGGCACCUGGCAAACCGAAGGUACCUGGUAAGCCUAAAGCAGCUGGUAAGCCUAAGACCGCUGGCAAAAUAAAGGGACCUGGUAAACCGAAGACACCUGGUAAGCCUAAGACCCCCGGCAAGCCCAAAGCAGCUGGCAAGCCCAAGGGAGCUGGAAAACCAAAAGCAGCUGGUAAGCCUAAGGCACCUGGCAAACUGAAGGUAUCUGGUAAACUGAAGGCACCUGGAAAAACGAAGGCACCUGGUAAACCGAAGGCACCUGGCAAGUCCAAGACCGCCGGCAAGUCCAAAGCACCUGUUAAGUCUAAGGCAAAGUCUAAGACCGCUGGAAAACCAAACGAAGCUGGCAAACCAACCAAGGCACCUGCCAAGCCCAAGACAUUUGGAGGGCCUAAGGUGUCGAUCUGUCGACGCAGCGAUGGUUGUAGCAACAACGGCGACCAAAGCCAGGACGAAAACCAACCAACACGGGAAGAAAUAGAUCGCGCUGCCAAUCCAGAUGGAAUGCAAUAUAGUCCUGAGAACGAUGCGCCUCCUGCCUAUCAAGCACAUGAUGAUCCACCACCAGCUUAUGAGGAGGCCACAAGCUCAAAUUCAGGGCAACAUCAAGACGAUGAAAAGAAACAAUGA